AUGAAAGAAUAUCGCCCAGAGGUGGUGGCGCUGUUUGAACCACGUAUAAGUGGUGGUGACAGGGACAAAUUCAUCAAGAAUAGUGGGUUCCAAUUUUCUUUUAUGGUUGAGACGGAGGGUUUCCCAGGGGGGUAUAUGGGUCUUGUGGAAGCACUCUGUGUAGGUAGAGGUUUUGAUUUGUCACCAGCAGUUUGUUCAUACGGCGGUGACGAAAGGGAGGGGGAGGGGGAGAGAGAGAGGAUGUUAUGUACUUUUAUCUAUGCAAGCCCUAGGAUGGGGACUAGAAGGAUGCUAUGGGAGGAAGUUAGAAGAGUGGCUGACGGAGUUGGGGAACCAUGGGUUGUAGGUGGAGAUAUGAACUCUAUUUUGCAUGAAUCAGAUAGAAAGGGAGGUUCAAGCCGGAAUGGAGGUCCCUGUAAUCUUUUCUCAGAUUGGAUAGGUUUUCGCAGGAGCUCCCAACUGUGGGCACUCAAUUUACAUGGAGUAGAGGAAGAGCUACUGCUCAUACAACAAGCAACCAGGGGCUGGACACUUAGCGGAAAUCAUAAUACGUUCUUUUAUCAUAGAAUGGUGCGGGCUCAGAGUAACAGAAGAAGGAUUGUGGAGCUUAAAGGAAAAGAUGAUGUGCCGGUCUCUGGACAGGCAAAUUUGGAGAGGCUGACGGCUGAUUACUUUAAAAGGCUUUAUACGGAGCUGAAUUUUCAGCGACCUACACUUUAG